AUGGCGAUAACUGCGCCGUUCCAGCGGCCGCCGAAAGAUUUGCGGCCGCAGACAGAGGAUGUUACUGCAACGAAAGGAAACGAUUUUGAAGACUACUUUUUGAAGCGCGAGCUGCUCAUGGGCAUCUUUGAGGCUGGGUUCGAGCGACCCUCCCCCAUCCAAGAAGAGUCCAUCCCUAUUGCGCUUUCUGGCCGCGACAUUUUGGCGCGUGCAAAGAACGGUACGGGUAAGACGGCUGCGUACGUGAUUCCCGCCUUAGAGCGAAUCAAUACUAAGAAGGACAAGAUCCAAGCCGUACUGCUUGUCCCCACACGUGAGCUCGCGCUGCAGACGAGCCAGGUAGCCAAGACACUCGGCAAGCACUUAAGCGUUGAGAUUAUGGUGAGCACGGGUGGUACGUCGUUGCGCGAUGAUAUCAUGCGUUUGGAUCAGCCAGUGCAAAUGCUUGUCGGCACGCCGGGUCGUAUACUGGACCUUGCGGGCAAAGGCAUAGCGGAUCUGAGCCAGUGCACAGCGUUUGUGAUGGACGAGGCAGACAAGCUGCUUUCUCCCGAGUUCACACCUGUCGUGGAGCAGCUGCUUUCGCACCUGCCCAAGGAACGCCAAGUAAUGCUUUUUUCUGCGACCUUUCCGUUAAUUGUGAAAGACUUUAAGGAUAAACACAUGGUCAAGCCUUACGAGGUGAACCUUAUGGAUGAGCUUACGUUGCGUGGUGUUACGCAGUACUACGCGUUCGUCGAGGAGCGCCAAAAAGUGCACUGUCUAAACACCCUUUUCUCCAAGCUCCAAGUCAACCAAUCGAUCAUUUUCUGCAAUUCGACGAACCGUGUGGAGCUGUUGGCAAAGAAGAUCACCGAGCUUGGUUACUCUUGCUUCUACUCGCACGCCAAGAUGCUUCAGGCGCACAGGAACCGCGUCUUCCACGACUUCCGCCAGGGCGCAACGCGCAACUUGGUGUGCUCCGACUUGCUCACGCGUGGUAUCGAUAUCCAGGCGGUCAACGUCGUGAUCAACUUUGAUUUUCCCAAGAAUGCCGAGACGUAUCUGCACAGGAUCGGUCGUAGCGGUCGGUUUGGGCAUAUGGGUCUUGCGAUCAACCUAAUUACCUACGAGGAUCGCUUCAACCUGUACCGCAUUGAGCAGGAGCUUGGGACAGAGGUGCAGCCGAUCCCUGCCACGAUUGACAAGCGCCUCUAUGUUGCACCUUCUCUCAUUGAGGAGGCCGAACAGCGCGAGCGCGAGGCAGCCGCUUCGGAUGCACCCGUGCCGAAAGGACCCCAGGCAAUGCAGCAGGGUCUCCCCUCCAUUCCGCCCACACAGGCUGCGAUGCACGCCGUGCCUAUUACGCAGAAUGACAACUUUACCAAGUCUGUGCAGCAUCGCCGUGGUAGGCGCGGUGGCAAUCGGGAAAAAGGUGGCCAAGGUGGCGAGGGCCGUCAAAUGGCGUGA